AUGCGCUCCCUUCACGCUGUGGGGGCGGCACUGCUGGCGCUGCUGCUUUCGGGCAGCUUGGCGGCCGUUGACGAGACGAACUGCUGGAAGAUCGAUGGCUCGACGUCCCUCGUAACGGCACUGGCUGCCUACUCUGGCUCGGCCUGCGCGGUGGACGUGACGAUCCCGCUGGUGGCCGCGUCCUACGCGCCCAACGAGAGCAUCUCACUGUUGUGGGGUGUGCAGCUCGAGCCUAAGUCGACUAACGCCAUGGACGUUCCCAUGCCGCCGGACACGAUGAUCACACUCAGCUCCGAUAACGCCGGCUCCUACGUACAGAUCCUCUCCACCUACGUACGAACGUGCGCCUCGAGGCUGCAGUGCACCCCGAGUAUCUUAGGGGACGAGAUAUUCACAACCGCCCAGUCCGGUAAUUUCUCCAGGUCCGAUGCCACGUAUUUCGAGACACUGGACGAGCUCUCCUUCGCAGAAGAAGGAAAUUACACAGUGGCCGCCGUUGCCGUGCUCGGCAACGCCGACAACGAUAUAUUACUGUACUACUUCCAGACAUUUGCGGAUAUCGUCGUUAAGGAAGACCAAGUCGGGGCUGUAGACUACGACAGCGCCACGACCUAUUGCCGCGUGACAGCGCAGAACCCACUGGAGGAUCGGCUAGACUCGAGCGUGUUACUUGCGAGCAGUGACAGCUCCGAGAUCGAGGUGGCGAUUGAUGUAAACAAUGUUGUGCAGGCCAACCAGGCCUUUGACGUCGUCUGGACGGCCACGCUGACGCGUAACUCGUCCAAGGACAUCCAGUUGCCUUCACCCCUGAAGGCCGUCUACGUGUUGGCCGACGAUGACAUGAAAGACAGUGGGUAUUACACCAUCGUGGGCUCGAUCGUGAAGCUGUGCGAGCGCGACAUGGGCUGCGACGAGUAUUCGAGCACAUUCACCGCAUCAUCUGCUGAUUAUUCCGCGAACUUUACGUCGGCAGACACUGCGACGUUCAACUCAAGCAGCAUUGUCGUUCCCUCGACAGGCUGGUAUACAGGCUUUGUCCAGGUGACGCUGGCAGGAGCCGACGCAGACUCACAGAGAUACGAUUUUGUUAAAUUCUUCGAGAUCUACGCAACCCAGGAGAACAUGUCGAAACAGGUAGAGAGCGAGACAUGCCGAAGAUGA